AUGUAUAAUAACAUAUACUGGAAUCAAUAUCCAUGUAAGUUUGGUACACCAGUAUAUCAUCGUAAGAUUUGGCUUAUAAAUCAAACAUUUCGUAUUAAAAAUCAAUUUUAUACUUUACGUGAACGACGAGGUACUGGAUCAUUUGGAUCUGUUUGGGCAUCUACUACGCUUGAUGGUCGUCGUGCCGCUGUCAAAGUGUUUAAUCUUCGUAAGCUAAGAAGAAAUAUAAAUCGACUUGCAUUAAUCAAUUCGUUUAAAGCAGAAGUCGAAAUGACAUCUUCAAUGCGAAAUGUAACAAAUCAUGUUGUAAAUAUCUAUGGAUUUGAUUUUGAUGGACGAACAAAACUAGCGUUCAUAGCUAUGGAAUUAGGUGAUCAGACUUUGCAAGAUCGAGUCAAAGAACUUCAUAGGAUGCAUUCCCAAUACAUCGGAUCAGGAAUGGGUGAUGAUGAUUAUAUUUCAGCAAGAGAACGCAAGAAUAUUUGGAUACAAUUGGUACAUUGUGAUAUGAAACCAGCAAAUUUGGUAUUCUUUGGUCCAAUUUUAAAAGUCAUUGAUUUAGGUUUUGCACAGAAAGAAAUAGUUGGAUACAAUUGGCAAAAAUUGGGUGGUACUCCAUAUUUUAGUGCACCAGAAUGUAUGAAUGGUGGAGCUCCUGUGACAUCGAAAGCUGAUAUAUGGUCAGCAGGUGCUAUUCUAUACUAUUUAACUUAUGGUACACCACCUAUAUAUUGGACUUCACAACCACCACCUGGCAUUCCACCAACUCGUUCUGCUUCUGUGCAACAUAUACUUUAUCAGUGUCUACAACAGAAUCCAUAUCAACGGCCAUAUCAAUAUCAACUUGCUCAAUGUCCAUUAACGAGUAAUCCAGUAAUCGUGUAA